AUGCCGCUUGAUAUGCCACACCCUUCGCGCGACCCAGCUAUUGUUUAUAUCUUUCCUAAGUCUGAAAAAGCAGAGAAAGCCAUUGCCCAUCCACACAAUGAUAACCGCUUUACGAGCGUAGAAUUCGAAGGCAGGAAAGAAAUAUUAAUCGGUCUCCGUCUCGGCUUUGAUAUCCCCCCUAAGAUUCCUACUAAAGGGUUUGUUUUUGGAUCUGACCCCAACAGCGACGUCUUUUUGCCCUCGACAGAUUAUUGCUUUUCUAUCACGUUUAAUCGAUCAACUGGAGUCCUACUUGUCAAAGGAAUAUCCCCCGGUGGCUACUUACAGGUCAUUGAAAACAAUUUUACCGUUAGCUUCGAUGGAUUUGACUUCUUCAUUGGUAUUCCCGAUCGUGCCCCGCACGAACGCGCAUAUAGAUCGAAUUUAUCGAAAUUUCUGAGACUUAAGCCUGAAGAGCUACCCAUGAUCGACUUUCGCAUACCGAUUUGCGACAGGAUCGACAAUUAUCUUAAACUCGAAAGCCCAACCCUUGGAAAGCAUGGAAAAGAUGGCAUUUAUGUGGAUGAGAGGAAUGGUGGAUUGUUCACAAUGGAAACAUUUGAACCAGAUGACCCAAGGAUUGUAAGAAAGACCACGUUUCCGAAGCCUGUCCCUGAAUUGCACGAGAAUGUUUUGAGCAGCGGGUGGAUUAGCAGUGGCGGUAGGUAUCGUUUCGUCAAGGAAAUAUGUCAUUACGAACACAGCCUCGAGGAUAUACCGAGCUUAGGAGGCGUUGACUAUGUGGCCAUUCUUCACCAGUGCCUUAAAGGCAUUGCACACAUGCAUAGAAACCAGCUUAUCCACGGCAACGUCAGGCCUUCGCAUAUUUUGCUAGGCUCAACAAAUCCAAUUCGGGUCAAAAUUCCUAUUCAUCGCCCAGGAAAAUCAAACCAGACUCAAUACAGCGGUUUACUUUUCGUUGCGCCCGAAACCAGGACCGACAAAGUUGCCUUCAGUAAGAAAAUUGAUCUCUGGGCUCUUGGAAUAACCAUAAUGGCAGUCCUGAAAUGGCUUCCGGUGAAGGCCACAAAAGAAUAUUUGAAAGAUCCUCGCAGCGAUAUCGCAUACCAGAACUAUGUCGACGCCGUGAAAAAUACACCGGCGCAGGUAGACCCCCCGUUUCGUCAAGUUUUAUCAAUGAUGUUUCUAUGUGAGGAACGGCGUUGGAGUGCGGAAAAAUGCAUCGCGGAGAUUGAAAGGUUUCAACGUCGACAUCCAGCGCCCCCGGCUAGAAAAACAGAAGACUGGACCUAUAUCGAAAAGGACGAUUAUCUGGAGAGUGAAAGCUUCCAGGCUUAUCAAUGCCAGGAAGAUAUCCAUAGUGAGGAGAUCCAACCUGAGAAGUACCGAAGUGAGGAGGUCAGGCCUAAGAAGCAACAGCGUAAGAAACGCCAAAUUGUAAGGAAACGAGGAGCAAAGGGUUACAGGGAUUGGCUUCAGUUUUUUUUGAGCUGA